AUGGCCGAAGUUUCUAAGUCAUCUAACGUAUAUGCAGUUCUGUCGAAAUGCCUACCGCCGCGCAACCAAGACGACGAUUACAAGUGGCAGUUGACAGGUCCGCACCUGGCCAGUAUGCUACACGCAGCUGGCUACACUCCCGAGAAACAGUUUGAAUCGAUUCUGUAUCAUUAUCAUUGGUUUGUGCCAUACAUGGGCCCCAAACCCGGACCCAACGGAAGUCUCAAAUGGGAGUCUCUGCUCGGCCACGAAGGGUCACCAAUCGAGUAUUCCUGGAAGUGGAACACGGCUGCCGGCAAGCCUGACGUGCGGUUCACCAUGGAAGGCAUCAACCAGUUCACCGGCGCGGCCAUGGAUCCGCUGAACCAGCAAGCCUCCAUCGAGCUGCUGCAUCGCCUAAAGGAAGCGAUACCAAGCGUUGAUCUCACCUGGGCGAACCACUUCAUCAAUACGCUGUUCGACCAUGAUCGCUCGAGGUACGUUCAGCAAGCAGCCGCUGGUGCACAUUACACGACUACCAUCAUGACGGCCGCCGAGUUUCUCCCCGCGGGUAUGAGGCUCAAGACGUAUUUCAUUCCGCGCCGGCUAGGCCAAACGGAGGAACAGAUUCCCAUGGCUCUGUGGGAAGAGAAGUUGGACCCUGACAGUCCUGCCCGCGCUGCGAUGCACAAGUUCCUGAAUAGCCACCCCGAAGGCCAAGCGCUUAGCCCCUUCAUGCUAGCCAUGGACGACGUCGCACCCUCCCAAGCGCGCCUAAAACUCUACUUCCAAACCCCGCACACCAGCUUCAACUCCGUCCUCUCCUUCAUGUCCCUCGGCGGCCUGACCCCCCUCUCCUCCCAGCAGACCGCCGACCUGCGCAGCCUCGUCGCCGCCUCCCUCGGCGCCAACUUCCCCGACGACCAGGAGGUCCCCUACCCGGCCGCGUACCACCCCGCCGCGGAAGACAACUUCGUCGAGCUGCCGAUCCUGCUCGCGGGGUACCUGUACUACUUCGACAUCGCGCCCGGACAUCAAGCUUUACGUGCCGACGCGGUGCUACGGGCCCGACGACCGCCGGCUCGCGCAGGGGCUGGGCCGGUGGAUGAGCGCGCAUGGGCGGGGCGCUUACACGGAAAGAUACUUGGGGAUGCUGGAGGGCAUGGCGCAGCAUCGGGGGCUGGGGGAUGGGAAGGGGAUGCAGACGGUGGCGAAGAGGGGUGGGACGGGUGGGAGGCGGUCGCCGAGGGGUACGAGGCGGAGUGA